CGGGAAGCGAAAGCGAAAGGCCGGGCCGGGCUCUGCUCCGGCGCCCGGCGGCCGGCGCUCGGAGAGCCGCACCUCUGCCGAAAGGGCUGACCCAAGGAUCAUUUCGUCCUUCAAGGAUCUGUUUGCAAGGUUUGCAUAGACUUGUUCCUAAGGGGAAACAUGUCUGAGGUUGACUUUGAGAAAUUAGCUGAAAUAGAGCUGCAGAAAGAUGAAAUGGAGGAUACACACUCAGAACAGGAAGAAACAUUUCUGCCUCCACCACCUGAGGAUCCUGAGCUGAAUAUCAAUCACCCAUACUAUGAUGUUGCAAGACAUGGCAUCAUCCAGUUGGCAGGCGAUGACAAUUCUGGAAGGAAGGUGAUCACCUUCAGUUGCUGCCGCAUGCCCCCGUCCCACCAGCUCAAUCACACGAGGUUGCUUGAGUACUUAAAGUAUACUCUGGACCAGUACGUAGAGAACGAUUAUACGGUUGUCUACUUUCACUACGGCCUGAAGAGUCUGAAUAAACCAUCUCUGAAAUGGUUACAAACAGCCUACAAGGAAUUUGACAGGAAGUAUAAGAAAAACCUCAAAGCACUCUAUGUUGUCCAUCCAACCAACUUCAUAAAAAUUCUGUGGAAUAUCUUUAAACCUCUUAUAAGUCACAAGUUUGGGAAAAAGAUCACCUACUUGAACUAUUUAGCUGACCUGGGGCAACAUCUCAAAUAUGACCAGUUAAAUAUCCCUCAAGAAGUCAUCCGGCAUGAUGAAAAUCUUUGGAGGAAACAGCAGGGAAAACCUCCACCUGUGGUUAAGGUGCCUCCACCACGGCCACCUCUGCCUACGCAGCAAUUUGGAGUCAGCCUGCAAUAUAUAAAGGACAAAAAUAAAGGCGAACUAAUCCCCCCAGUAAUGAAGGAAACUGUAUCCUAUCUAAAAAGUAAAGGGCUACGAGUAGAGGGCCUCUUCAGGAGGUCAGCCAGCAUCCAGACUAUCAAAGAGGUGCAGAAACUCUACAACCAGGGCAAGUCUGUGAAUUUUGAUGAUUAUCAUGAUAUCCAUAUUCCUGCUGUUAUCCUGAAGACUUUCCUUAGGGAACUCCCUCAGCCAUUGCUAACAUUUGACUGUUAUGAUCAUAUCCUUGAAAUCACCAGUGUGGAGAGCUGUUUACGAGUCACCAGAUGCAAACAAAUCGUUCAAGGACUCCCUGAGCACAAUUAUGCUGUGCUGAAAUAUCUGAUAUGCUUCCUCCAUAUGGUUUCACAGGAGAGCAUCUAUAACAGAAUGACAGCAUCCAGCCUGGCCUGUGUCUUCGGUUUGAAUUUGAUCUGGCCACCGAAAGGAGCCACCUCCCUGAGUGCUCUGGUGCCUGUGAAUCUCUUCACCGAGCUGCUGAUAGAUUUCUACACAAAUAUAUUCAACUCCCGCACCGUGCCUGGUGAGACCUUGCCUUAAUGCCCUCAGAAGGGAAAAUGGAAUAAGGCUGCCUGAUGGGACCUUUAUAUUUAGGGGUCUCCUGCAAAAAAAUAAUUUCAACACAGAGUAAAGUUUCUGUAUCUUUCCAAAUACCAAAGAUGCUGGAGCAGACUGGUGCCCUGUAUGUUCCCAUCACACGGGCAGAAUGUGAACAUGAACAUUCAAUAACCAAUAGAUCAAAGUGAAUCCCCUCACUAAACCUGACAAAAAAACCCAAUGACACAACAUGCCAGUCUGUCAUUUCUUUGGGGAUCUGGAGACUUUAUUAUGUGACAUUAUUUUCUGCAUGGGCAGAGGUAAUUUCUGGACCACUUGUGAAUGUACAUCUUCCUUUUAAUUUUUAUGGUUUUUUCUUUUCUACUUUUUAUUUGAAUACAAGUUUAUUGGGAAUUACCUUAUUAAGUUAAUAAAGAUGGAAUCAAUUUUUAAGAUAUGAAUGUUUUUGAACUAUUUUUCCAUAUACUGAAGUAUCUUCUUUUACACAAAGAGGUGUGGGCAGUUGUGCCACGUCAGGUUGACAAGUACCAUAAAGAAUACAAUGUUUCCUGUGUAAUUUGAAUCGUGCAGAUGGCUAAUUAAUUAUGCUUCCAAAUAUCUAAUAUAUGCUGUUAAUCACUGUCACUGCACAUGCAAAGUAUGUCAAAGUUUUUUCUUGUAAGUUCAAAUGAGGAACAACAAUCCUCUAAAUUGUUGGAGUUUUCAUCUAAAUUCUUGGAAUUUUAAUCGGUGGAAUUACAUUGGUGAGUGCAUAAUACAGAAUACAGACUAAUUUUGAGUACCUCCAGUGUUUGGACUGCAUUCCUUUUGCAGAUUGAGUUGAUAGAAAUUUCAAAUCUCUUUAGAAAUCAGUUAGAACAACAACUUGGAUAAUAUACCUAAUAUCAUUUUUGCACAUUGAAAUUCUGUUAUUAUUCCCAAUGUGAAUAAUUAGCCAGCAUAAAGGGAGAUAUUCAAGUGUUCUCUUUCUAACUAUGCUGUGAACGUUGCUUGUGUUUGAUGAACUCUAACAAUCUACUAUUUCAUUGUUUAACACUGCUUGGCAAUGGCAUGUGUUAAACAAGUUAUCAUCAUAAUUGCCUGUAGAGCAAAAGAAAAUUAGUCAGUGUUAAAAAAGGUAAGUGGUGUUUUCCCUGAUGCUUUAGCCUUCCUGCUUCUGUACAGAGCAAAUGAAACAGAAGGAACAUAAAUGUUUGCAGUUAAAGUAAUAGUCUCCUCUGCAAACACAGCCACUUUUUAUCCCACAAGUUUUAGUGACUUGAGGACUUUGGCUUCUGUCCUUCCUCUUGGCAGUUGGAAAUUUCCAGCCUAUGUGAAGAGUGCAUCAAAAUCUUGUCACGGAGGGUGAGGAGGAUUUGUUCUUGUCUCAGGAAAUAACCAAAUAUCCAGGAGGCUGUGGAAUGCUGGAUAUGCCAGGCCUUCGUUUGCCCAGUAGGUGUCAUCUAUAGCAUUAGGCAGUGAUUAAAAUUUGAGGAAUAGAGGCUUUAGAACAAGGUGAGUUAGGUCCAACUUCUGAUGGCACAGCUGCGUGUUUUCUCUUAUUCCUCAAGUGUCAUAAAGACAACAUGUGGCUUUUGAAUAUCUUUAAGUGAUAACCACCUAUGACUCCCAUUUAAAUAUAAACUCUGGCAUAUCACACAGAGAAUAAAAUACCAAGAAUUCAGGACUGUUGCAGUUCAGCAAAAUGAGAUUGCCAAGGACAAAACUAUCAUAGUUUCGUAUUGCAACUUAUCAGCUUUACAUCUGUGUAAAAGCCUUGUAUUGAAACUCAAACAUAGUUAUGCUCAGCAUUGCUCAGCAACUUGGUUCUGUACAUCAGCACCCUGUUUUAAUAGGGGAGGAUUUUGGCCUCUCAGAAUUAACAAAACCACAGUAUUUUGCCACCCUCUAACUUUGGUCAAAACACAUAGUGUUAGUUUCACUGUCUGUAAAAACAAAUAAAGGAGCACCUGACAUUAGAAAAGUUCCUUGGGAUUAAAUAUUAAAUAUAUAUUCCAUUUCCUCGUGUCCUUAUUUUGAAUUCCAGCAACACCAAAUGGCAUUUGGUCUGCAGGCUGUGUUGCACAAUGGGAAUGGGAGCCCUGGACAGCAUUUGCACAGUAACAGACCAGAGCCCUGUGGGUUGAAAUCCUGAGUUCGUGGAAGUCAGCUUUGCUCAAGAUGUCCCCAGAGGUGGGUUGGGGCUCCCACAUAGAUUUAGCUCUCCCACUCAUCCAAGGCUGGGAGACAACAGGAAUUUGCCAGCUGCAGUUGUCAGAACACAGUUUUCUGACCCCUUUACUUUCACAGAGAAAAAGUAAAAGCUGCAAGCAUCCCUUCAGCUGAUUUGCCUGUCUGUGGACACUUGAGAUGAGGGUUAGAACCAGACUCCCUUUUUCAGUAUUGCUCACAUGCUAAACACCAGGUCUAACUCUUAGUACUCUGUAAAAUACCAUUUCCUAGUGAUUUUAUAGCUCCUCUCCUGUAGUGAAUGAAGAACAAAAUGGUGCUCCCUCAUG